AUUCCAGUGAACGCAGCACUGGAAUCAUGGACCGACUCGAUGAUCUCUUUCAGCGGCUGCUCUUCCUGACUCCUGACUGCAGACACGCCCAGUCUCUACCGGUAUGAGCUCAACCUUUUACAGUAAGUAAGGAGUGCUGAAUGAGAUCUCACACGCAACUUUAGAAACCGUAAUGGGGACUUCUUUGAACGAAGACUGUCCUUUCUGUCUAAUAGCACACAGCCAGACUGACACAGAGAUCCUGCUGAGCGACGAUGAGCUGCUCUGUAUUCGUGACGUGAAGCCUGGCGCCACACAUCAUUACCUUGUUAUUACCAGGACGCAUAUCGAGAACUGCAAAAGUCUCCAGUUGGACGACGUACCUCUAGUGGAGCGGAUGAAAGAGAUGGGAAGAAGUAUACUAGAGAAGAAUAGAGUCAGCAACCUGGAUGAUGUCAGGAUCGGGUUUCAUAUUCCUCCAUUCUCAUCUGUUCCCCACCUCCACCUCCACGCUAUGGCUCCAGCCAGCACCAUGCCAUUUAAGUCACAGCUUCACUACGGAGCCCAGUCUCACUGGUUCAUCACAAUUGACAAAGUGCUUUCUCAGUUGAAGACUCGCGGCAAAGUCAAAUGAAGAGACGCAAAGAGUCUGAAGGUGCAACAGCCUUCUUUUAUGUUGACAGGUUUUUUUUAUUGUCAUUCCACUUCACCGAGUGCAAUUUUUUUAAUGGUUCUUAAACUGAAUUGACAUAUUUGUGUCAAUUAAUAUAAUAACGUAUAUUCCACCAUGCUGCUGAUGAUUCUGUUGUUGAGAAAAGUGAAAGGAAUAAUUUUGAAUAAUGCCGCUAUUAAAUGCCAUGUUGUGCAAUGACAAAAUAAUUACAGCUUGAAGGAUAAAUGUUGUUUAUUUAAGUUUAAAACUGAAAACCCAUACCUUGACAUGGUUUGGAAUUUUAACUUUUUUUUUACUAUAUUAAGUCAGUAUUUAUCAGGAAGGACAAUUGUUUGUUUGUAUGUUCACUUGUCCACUUUUGUAUAUGAAGUGGAUCAAUCGAAACAGCUGUUUACACUUUGGUAUAUUUGUGUCAAAUCCUAUCUGAUGCACUGGGCUACAAUCUGUCUUUUAAUAAUAAUGCAAUGUUGUAAAAAAUAUUAAUAAAAGAUC